AUGCCUCCUACAGAUGAUAUUUCACUUGAAAAUAAAAAUACUAUUAUAUUUAAUGCAUCCAAACAAGAAAUAUUCAAGUUGAACGAGAAUUUUAAAGUAUUUCAACGGAAACUGAAACUUCAAGCAAAAAUGAUCGUAAAUAGAGAAGAAAUAACAGAAAGUGUGUUGCAGAAUUGUUUGGUUUUUAUUUUAGCUGGUUCUCAAUUACCUUUUGAAGAGAAUGAAAUAAAUGCAAUGAAAAGCUUUAUCAAAAAAGGAGGUAGAAUGUUAAUAUUACUAAUGGAAGGUAAUCCUAAUGAUACUUGCAACAUAAAUAUAUUAUUAGAGCAUUUUGGGAUUAUACCAAAUAUAGAUUGUUUGAUUCGGACACACUAUUACAAGUAUUUUCAUCCAAAAGAAUGCUUUAUCAGCGACGGUAGUGUAAACAGUGUUUUAAACAAAGAAAAAUAUGAUAUUCAAUUUGUUUAUCCUUUUGGUUGUACAUUGAGUGUAAGUAAACCCAGUUUGGCCGCAAUUACAAGUGGUUUAGCAUCGUUUCCAAUUGAUAGGCCAAUAGGUGCGCUCUAUUAUAAUGAAAAAUCUGAAGGAAGGCUGGUAGCCUUAGGUUCUUGCCAUAUAUUUUCCGAUAAGUAUAUUGAUCACGACAACAAUGAUAAAUUAAGAGAAAUUACUAUGGAUUUUCUAAUGGGACAAGACAGUUUGGUGUUUCCCGCUGCAGAUUAUGACGAUAUUGACUUAACGGAUCAUCAUAUAGUACCAGAAACAGCCAUGCUUGCUGAGAAGCCCAAGCUAUGCCUGAGUGAUGCAGUGGGUCAGAAUAUUGUAGAUUACUCAAAACUGUUUGAUCACAAUAUGUAUUCUAUGAAUACCGUGCUGGUUCCGGAAACUAUUAAGUUAUAUGAAGAACUGGGAAUAAAACACGAACCUUUACGAAUUAUAACUCCAAAAUUCGAAGCUCCUUAUCCUCCUUUACAACCAGCAGUUUUUCCACCUUCAUUUAAAGACUUACCACCGCCGCCUUUGGAGCUUUUCGAUUUGGAUGAUGCUUUUAGCUCCGUUUUUACAAACUUGGCCCAAUUUACUAAUUCAUUUAUGAUGAAUGAAUCUAAUAGUGAUGAAAAUCUUGAAACCUACAUUAUAGAAUGUUCGAGGAUUUUAAAUUUCGAGGAGACCAUUGACGCUAAGGAGAUCCUGUAUAAAAUUUGUUUGGAAAUUUCAGAUUUUAAAAGUAUUGAAACUAUAAAAUAA